AUGACGGCAUCAGCUUCUCAAACGCCAAAUCAAGAGCUAGACCGCCAGCUAGGAGCGGCAGCUGCUAUCUUAUUACUGCCAAGUCCAUCAGCAGCAGCACUACAGGCUCUCGAACAGUACAAGAAGAAGGACUCGUCAAAAGUGGUCGUCUUCUUCAAAGCCAUCGGCAAUGCACCCAUCAUGAGGAACAACUACUUCCGUAUCACAGCAUUCAACCGUUUCCAAGCCGUCAUUCAGUUCUUGCGGAAAGAGCUCAACUUCAAGCCCACAGACUCACUCUUCUUGUACAUCAAUGCCUCGUUCAGUCCAGCGCCAGAUGACACUGUCGGCAACCUUUUCAGGUGCUUUGGAACAGAGAAUCAUCUGAUAGUCAACUACAGCACAACUGCCGCGUGGGGCUAG